UACUAAUCUUUAUUGCAGUUACAGUUAUUUUUAAUUGUCAAUGAAUUAUGUAAUUAGUAUGAUUAAAAUAUGAUUUCAUAAAAAAAAUAUUGGAGGAUUGACCCAUAAUGAUUACGUCAUCAAACAGAAAAUUUAUUCCAUGUGACGCGCUAGUGGAAACACUUGUAGCAUAUUUAUUUUAUGUGUGAUGUGUGCACCAAGCCCGAAACCAAUCAAAAUUACCAAUAAAUCUCCCAAUGCCAGGUGCGAGUUUAACAUGUGCGACAGGGCAGACAAAUACCCCACAGCCCAAAUCCAGAAAAGCAUACGACAAGGAAAGGCCUUGCAAUACAAAAAAUUGGCCGGAACGGUGAUACAACCUGGUGCCCUACCGGAAUCCGACAAGGGGAUGUUGAGAUCGUUGGACACGUCUUUAAACAACGUGUGCCGGACCAGAAAGAGAACGUUCUUCCCCCAGUACAUAAAAGGACACAAUCUUGAGAAAAAAUGGAUUGUCAACGUCAAAGGUUUCAAACAAGGCGUACAAUACGAGUCUUGUGCAUCUGAAAAACCUGAUAAUGUGAUUGACAUAGCGGAUAGCGAGACAAAGUGUGUUCAACACUACACAGUGGUGCGGUUGUUGGCUUUCAAUCAGAAAAACGAAUUUGAAUAUGCGGAAUACGAGGUACCCACCACUUGUGUUUGCAUGUUUGAAAGGAAGUAAUGUAAGUCCCAAUAAAUUGUGAUUCUACUUAUAAAAUAGUAAAAGGGGUUUUGCAUUAAACUCUUGACAAUCAUUCUCUUAGAAUCUCUCUAAUCUGUGAUCAAAGGAACGCUUAAGUCAUUGAUUAAUGUUAUAAUUAUUUAAUUAAUUUAUUUAUUUAUUUAAUAAUUUAUUUAUUUAUUAUAAUUUAUUUAAUUUAUUUGAUAGUAGCAGGUAAUAUAUUAGAGGCAUGGCAUAUUUGUUAUGCCUCUAAUAUCGAUUCUAUAUACUAUUGUUUAGAGAUUUUUUUCCGUUAAACUCUUGACAAUGAUUCUCUUAGAAUCCCUCUAUCUAUGAUAAAACGAACGCUUAAGUCAUUGAUUAAUGUUACAAUUAAACUUUGUGUUUUAAUUAAUGUAUUUAUUUAAUAAUUUAUUUAAUUUAUUUAUUGGUAGUAGGUAAUAUUUGUAAUUUAAUUUAUAGACUAAUAGA